UGCUGUGAGAAAACCACUUGGCCACCAUGGCACACCAAAAGCAGCUUUUGAAACAUGCUACAUUCAUCUUGUAUUUCAGCUAAAGCUUCUUAAAGGCAGCGCAAAAGAAGCCUGGUUAAUAUAAACUAAGUGGAGAAGUAAUCAGACAGGUUUUCUCCAGUGUUUACUGAUCACCUGUCAGGUGAUCACUGUAGACUCUGUGUUUGAAUAUGGAUCCAUCCUGUCACUAGUUUAUCUGCCAUAAUGGAACAAAUGGAGGAAAAAUAACACUUUAAAAGGGUUGUAUGUGCAGAGAUGGUUUUUAUCCUGGAUCUGUCCUUUGGAGAAUUUCAACUGUUGUUCUCAAAGGAAAUUUUGUAUUAUAUUUUGGGUGCAUCUGUUAUGCUUUUAAUUAUAAUCCUCUGCCUUCUGAUAUGGCAUAUUUGCUGUAGCUGUACAAAGCUUCCGGUUUCACAAACAGCUGCAGAUGGUUUGUCAGCAAAUAAGAGAGGUUUUUGGUAUGGUACACAAAGAAGAGAAACUAAGAUGGAGGUUCUGGACUGGCAGAACAACCACACACUGUCUCCAGGUUCCUCCUACACCAACCUGUCCAGCAGUGUAGAUCUGGCCAGCACAGCUGAUCUAGAUGAAGAGCACAUCCAGGGAUCUCUGCGCUUUACACUGUUUUAUGAUCCGCUGCUGUCCAGGCUGGUGGUGACAGUACUGGAUGCCCAAGAUUUGGCUGUGCGAGACUUCAGUCACAGUGUGGAUCCCUUUGUGUUGGUGCGUCUGCUUUGGGAAGAGAGAGGGGACGAGAAGCAGAGUUCACUACAGUGUGUGCUGUAUGAAUGGAAGACACGUCUGGUGAUGAGGAGCUGCAGUCCUUUGUUUGGAGAUCAGUUCUCUUGCACUCUGGAUGAAGAGGAGCUAUCCAGAGUUACUCUUAGAUUUGAGGUAAGGGAUUUUGAUAAAUACUCAAGACAUGGAAUCCUGGGAGAGGCCCGGGUGUCACUGAACAGUUUGAAUAUCUCAUACCCACUGGAGUUAGGACAAGACCUGCAAGUACCAAAGAAAGACAUAAUUGGUGAGGUGCUCCUAUCUCUGAAAUACAUGCCUACAUCUCAUAGGCUGGAAAUAGGAGUGCUAAAGAUCCGAACGGGUUUUCAUCCGACUAAAAGUGAGAGAGCUAUCUAUGCCAGGGCCAGCGUCAUCUGCAACCAAUGCAAACUUCGGCAUCAUAGAACAACAAAACAGAAGGGCAAGGAAAUAAUUGUGUUCAAUGAGAUCCUAAUCUUUCUAUUGCCAAAUCAUAUGAUCACAGAGUGCACCAUUAUAAUAUCUGUGUACGAGCUUCUCUCUGCACUAAAGGGCUCCAGACGUCUGAUUGGUCAGAUCCACAUCGAAAAGAGCAACACAUCAGAGAACGAGCACUGGAUGUUGAUGAUGCAGUCACUUCGACAACCAAUCGCUAUGUGGCAUUCAAUUCUCAUCUGAAUACAGCUCAUGUUUAUUUAUUAGGCGUCCGAGUUACCAAAAUGGAUUUCGUGCUUUCCAUUUUAAGAUUUCAGAUUAUCUUGGCAACUCGUUAUUGCUGCGUAGUUAAUAGUUAAUUCACUUUGCAAUGACGCAUGGUCACUAUUGAUUUUAUUGUAUGCAUGUACCAAAUAUGUCCACAUGAUGGCUCUCUAACACCGUUCUUGUACAGCAGCACGCCACCCAUACCAGUCAGGGAUAAUGUGUACAGUACAUAUUCUUUAUUUUACCACAACAGCAGGGUCAAAGUACACAAACCUGCCUAUUACACGUCUACUUGUUAAGAUAAUUAAUGACAGUUUCACUACAGUGAAAACCAAAACAACAAUGGUUACUAUAGUAAAACCAUGGUUACCACAAAAUAACCGUCGAUUGUUCCCAUGUCCCAUUUAGUUUUUGAGAUCUUCGUGCGUGAUGACGUUAAAGGUCCCCGAGAAAAUAGUCCCAUAGCAACUUGUAGCAACCACCCUUUAAAAGACACUUUAAAGCUUUAAAACGUCGCGUGUGGGGGUAUUAGUGGUGUGUUUUGGGUCGUAAAAUAAAACGUCAAAUUAUCUUGGGCUUGUGUUAACCCAAGAUUGAAGGCGUUUAGGCUUUGGUGCGAUGGAACCGGAAAUGCUAAACUGCUAGCUCGCCUCUGGGUUUGCCUACAAAAAUACUUCAUCCCCGUGUGACACUCAUCAUAUUCUAAACAGUUUCCUGUUUUACAUGUUUGGAAUAUGUGUUUUAAUCUCAAUCUCGAAAAGGGAAGUUUUUCACAUUCAGUGGAGAAAAACAUGGUUAUUACCUUAUAAAUACUGUUUAGCUUAUAAAAUAACGUGCACUUUUAAUAAAUUUAAUAAAUAUCCCUGUAAUGCACUAUUAUCCAAAUGUUGUUAUAUAUAGCCUAUGAUAUAUGCACCUUCUGUAAAGGUGAAAUUGAAAACAUUUGUCAUCUAUUUUUUCAUGUAAUGUU